AGUGGUUAGCUAUACCUUUGUUAUUCCUCUUCAGGCUUGCAUCGAGGCCCAUGAGAAGGACAUGGAGCUGUCGUUUGCCAUCCAGCGCAGUAAGGACAUGCAGUGUGGCGUGUGUAUGGAGGUGGUGUUUGACAAGGCCAACCCCAGUGAGAGACGCUUCGGCAUCCUGUCCAACUGCUGCCACUGCUACUGCCUCAAGUGCAUCCGCAAGUGGAGGAGCGCCAAGACGUUCGAGAGCAAGAUCAUCAAGUCCUGUCCAGAGUGUCGGAUAACGUCCAACUUCGUCAUCCCCAGUGAGUACUGGGUGGAGGACAAGGAAGACAAGCAGAAACUGAUACAGAAAUACAAGGAUGGCAUGGGGUAAGAUAUGUACUGAUGAUAGG